AUGGCCGACGCUGCGCUCGAGGCGCCUUACUCGAUCGCAACGCUGCCACGGCCACUCGACACAAAGUGUGGGCGCACACGAAGUGCACCGGUCUACAGCAUCCGGGAGUCAAAGAAGAGGAAGCGACAAGAGGUAGUUGUGGGCGUCGACGGAGAGAGCGUGAACAUAUACAACAUCCAAAGCCAACGCCUGGUGACAUCUUACGCCUUGCCUCCACAGACCUAUCUUUGCUGCUCACCAUGCUCCUUCUACACACGAGGAUCGACAACGUCACCUUCGCAGAGGACUACGUAUUUGAUCAUCAAGGACAAUCCACACGAUCCCAAGCGGCGUUUAAUCUGCUUCACCGAGGAUGUAAGACGCAAAGGCGAUUCGACCCCGAAAGUUGCAGCGCCGCAGAGGAGAGAGUGUUCUCUGGACGAUGGCGAUGUCCUGAAUCUCGAAAUGGUUCCGGCUGCAGCAGGGCGUCCGAGCUAUAUCGCUGCGAGCUACAACUCGGGGAAGACGUUGCUCGUGUCACACAGUAUGCAAAGCAUCGAGAAAAUACAACGGCCCGACUCAGACGACCUUGAAGAUUACACAAUCGAGCAUGCAGCGUUUCUCGAUGUGGGAAGUGCGAAGAAGGGCGUCUUAAAGAGCAGAGAAGAUGUUCUAGCAGUACUCGACCAGGACACCACCCAUUGCAUGCUACUGAGCCAUGUGGCACGCAUUGGCGACAAGAGAUACUUCCAGCUUUUCGGCGUGAAGACGCCAGAUCAGGCGUCCCUCCAGACAUUCAAGACCACAAUCAGCAUGAUCCUGGACGUUAAGCUCCCGGAGCUGAAGACUGGGGCCAAAAGUCCUGCGUGGUAUUCACUCCACGCUGCAUCCGGCACACUCUACCAGCUCGUGCUUGGCAAGCUCCAUGUCGUCGAUCUCUCUGGAACGAUUCCGAAGCCUGCUGCGAGCUUCGGGGGUGGAGCGGACCAGGUGACUGGUUUUGCUCGAUUGUCUUCGACAUUGACCAUGGCAGCCUCCAAGAGUGGUGUGGCGCUGUACGAAACACGCUAUGGAUCGGUAUAUGGCUCCUUAUCUUUCACGACAUCCGCCAGUGGCCUGAAAAGCAAGCGAUCAGAUGGUGAUGAUGACGAAGAGAGUGCGGCCUCUAUCGAUGAGCUUAGCGAGAGCCUAAAAGAAAACAAGGCUGCUCGACUCAAGGGCACCCGACUCGCAGAUGUCGUCACCAAGGCCGGGUCACAUAGUGUUGAGCGGACAGGCAAGCCGCGGAAGUGGAAGGAAUGGACAACUGUCGUCGACCGGCUCGUCGAUGCAGACGACAUCGAAGGCCUCGAGCGACUGGUUGCAAACGACCAAAACACCGGCCAUCAAGGACAACUCCAGGCCGCCGUCCAGCGUGGUCCCUCAGGCAAACCUUCAGCCGCCGAAAGAAAAGCAUACGAGGAUCGCUGGCCGCUUCCCAUCACGUAUGAGCCAGCUCAGCUUGAUCGCAGCCGAGCCCUCUACAUCUUGAGCAAGGUCUUCAGCUCCAGCGAGUCUGGUGUUCAAGUACGGGUGCUGUCACAGAAGCUGCUGGAAUGGCUUGCUCUCGCUGGUUUCCUCUCCGCUGCAAGUGUACGACGAGCAUGGUCUGAGUUUGGAGGGGGCCACUCAUCUAUCACGAUCAGCCCAGGCUCAAUUCUUGCUGCGCUUCAGCCUUUCGACGAAGACUUCCAGCUUCUGGCCGACCUGCUGUCGCUUCCCGUGCAUUGGGAGAUCGAAGAGGUCGUUGAAGCUCUACGCUCGGCUAUCCAAUCUUUCGAAGAGCCAAUAGACGGUGAAGCUGAGCCGCUUGCACUACCACCCAUACCACAACAGCCGAAUGGCGAUGUGGCCAUGGCGAAUGGCGACAUGCCGAACGGCGAGACAGACUCCCACAUCAAGCUCGAGUCCGAAGCCGCGGAACAUGAACUCGACCACGCUCUAGCCACCCUCUCUAACGGCCUGGAUGUCAAGAGCGUCGCUCUCCGUGUAAUCUUCUCUCGCCUCACCGCGUUUGACCCAGACAAUAUUACCGCAAGAUUACGCACCAUGAUGUCGCACCGAGAGCUGAUCUUCUUCAUUCACCUUCUCCGAAUAGAGCUCGCAGAUGGUGGGUGGACUUCACGCUAUAUCGGUACGGGGUCAACCGAUGAGGAAGAAGAGGAGCAGGAGGGCCUGGUCAACGCAAAGAAAGGCGCCAAAGAACGCGGGCCAGCCAAUGAAGCUCUACGAACCAUCGCCGACCUUCUCAACUGCGCUGUCGACGCCAUUGGCACCAGCGGCUGGCUCGUCGGACUCAGCAGUACCACUGGCGGUGCACAGGACCUCCUCGCCAGUCUACGGGCAGAAGUGAGCGCCGGGCUCGAAGGAUGCUACGAGGCUAACACUCUCGGCAUGACUUUGGGCGAGAUCCAGCGGUUCGCAAUGCAAGCCAAGAGGGAGGAACUGCCUGGUUUUGGGAAAGGACAUCUUUCGACAUCGAGGCUCGGGCGCGAGGAAGGCGAUGCGCUGUUGCCUAUGGGUAGCAGAGCGGCUCCUGCUUUCGUGGAUGGCAAGAAGAGGAAGCGUGCGAAGGAUAAGGGUAAGGCUGCGCAGUUUCGGGAGAAGAGCAACCGCGUGGGCAAGUACUCGUUUGAGAGGAUUAGGAUAUGA